AUGCGAAAAUCCGGACUUUGUUGGCCCGGUAGCGGAUUGGGCGUCCCCAGCUCAACCGUCAAGCUUCAGCCUGGCGUCGGCAGAGCUCGGAGAGGCGCGCAGCUCGCGUUUAGGGAGGACGACAACACGACGUGGGCGGUGAUGCGGACCCAGGUCCAGGCAGGCGGUGGAUCAAGCAUCAACGUCCUCCCGCUGAACCAGGUCCCACCGGCACCGUCUCACGAGGCUGCUUGGCUGCCGCGAGCUCCCCGCUAG